AUGGAUCGCACCGAGUUCUUCGGCUCUCAAGUCGGCGGCGAGUCCAUCAUCAACUAUAGCUAUACCGAUAUGCCCUGGAAGCUUAUAAUGUGGGAUAUCUACCACUUCUUCACCUUCUCUUGGGCUCUACCCUGGGUACUCUGGCCUGUUCGCCCUUGCGACGGGGGCCACUUUGACGAACUUUCCCUCACUCGGCAGAAUAUUUGGUGUAUGUUCCUUCAUGCAAUCCUGAUAGUUCUGCAAGGAUCCUUCAUCCUCGUUUUGCCCUUGACUCUACUCUUUCCGGCAUGGUUGGUGGCUAUAUGGAUGUCGGGUUUCUUUGCGAUAAACUGGUUCAUAUGCCUAGGCCUAAACGGGAAAACCAUUACUUUUAACUCGGAUCCCAAAUAUGCGCCCGCUUUGGAGGAGCAUGCACAUGAACAAUGGAUAUUUUUGAACGGCGUUGCUGUUGGGGAGGCGUGGCUUCAAAGCAACAUCAAUCGUCUGGCAUUGACUUUCAAGAGGCCCAUCAUCGGUGUCCAUAACCGUACCACGGGCGUCAUAUUUGAUGUUGUCGAGUGUCUGAUUCAGCGUAACUUCGGAUAUGCGACCGGUGACAUUCGCGCAGCCUACAAAAUUGUCAAGGAAAAGCUGUAUAAUCCACAGUAUUCAAAAGUAGUCUUCAUCCUCCAUUCACAGGGCGGCAUUGAAGGCGGCCUAGUUCUGGACUGGCUCUUGCAGGAAUUACCACAGGAUCUUCUGGCUAAACUUGAAGUCUACACGUUUGGAAAUGCGUCGAAUCAUUUCAACAACCCACACCGACAUGCCGACUCGCAAGAAGUAGAACGGAAGUUUCCCAACAUCAGUACACAGAUUCCUAAGACCAUUGACGAAAUUCCACUCACCCACUCUCCAGUCGAGACUCACGCACCUUGUUCAAGGAGACGACUUUCUAACAGCAGUAUCUCCUCCUAUGUGCACAACUGUUUCUCUGGCUUUACCUCGAUGUCCAAGGAGUCAAAUGUGUCACACGAAACAACAUAUACGGUAGCAGCAUCUGAUCGUGCCAUCUCCCAUGUUGAGCAUUACGCUCAUACGACGGACUUCGUGGCGUUAUGGGGGAUUCUACACUUCGUGACAAAUGAGAACGCUUCCCCAACGAUGCCUCGGUAUAUCGGUCGUGUAUUCAGUCGCACUUCAACACGCGGUGGGCAUCAAUUUUGUCAACACUAUCUUAAUGGAAUGUUUCCACUGGUGCGCGACUACAAGGGCGAAUUUAUCGGCUGCGCUGAUAGCAACGAAUUUAUGAACAGUGUUGUGGAGUUAUCUGGAAGAGGGACGGAAAAAGACAAUGUGCGAGAGGGCAUUGAGAAUAGUUGGCCCAUGCUUGAGCUUGCUGGACGAAGGGCGAGCUUUAUUAAAGACGAAGUCGCCUUACAUGGCAGUUUCCAUGAAGAUACGAAUGGGAUAUAUGACGGCAAAGUGAGAGUUAAAGACCUAAGUCGACUGUGGCAGUACCGAAAUGGGAGAAGCCCGCCAGAUUUGCCCAGGGAAUUACGAAGAACGACACUGGAGUAG